AUGAUUCGAGAGUUGUGGGAAGACGAGAUCAGAGGCGAGGGUUUUGGCGAGUCCAAAUUCAAGCUCUACGAGUCCAAUGAAGGCUUGCGAGAAGACGAUGCCAAUCCGUAUUUUGUUGUAUGGCUUCAUGGUAUGCACUGCGGCAUGAUUGGGCCAAAAGAUCUGAAAACGAUGCAGUGGAGGCUUCAACGCCGGGUGAUUUUCAUGGUGCCUUUGAGUCCACGACCCUGCGAUGGCCUUUCUUUCAACUGGGGCUGUGCCUUCACCAAGCAGCAGAACAAAAAGUUGCUGGAGAUACUCUUGACGAAAUCAGCGGCAGAAUUUGCAGAAGAAGGGUCUUGGAGCAAGGACAGUUGGCUUAAAAGGCUUUUAGGAAAAGGAACAUGCAGCAAAGAUCCUGGGUAUCCGGAUCCACCGAAUCCGAGGUUGGACACACAAAAGUUCUUCGAGUCAGGUCGGAGCUUGGGUUUGUGUUCGGUCACUUGCACUACAAUUUUCUGA